AUGUCUAACGGGUCUUUUUAUGUUUCAAAGACAACUGCACAACCCAAACUUAUCACCGAGGACCCGACAGAAUUAAUCUACAAGGUAUUUCGUUAUGGACUUAUUCCCUGCAUCAGCCUUUUGGGAAUCGCCGGUAACGUGACCAGCGUUAUCAUACUGACAAGGCGGGGAUUCCGAAAAUGUUCCAAUAUACUUCUCUUAGCUCUGUCCAUCUCUGACAUUUUUUAUCUGAUUGGCAUAAAUAACUUUCCUUUUUAUAUAUACCAGGAUAAUGUUCCUCAAGGAUUCCGGUUUUCAAAGAUCAUAAACUAUGUGUUUCAUAUUUUAUAUAUGCUGUUUUUAUUUGCCCAUAAUAUGGGGCUUCAGACCGCAAUGCUCAUCCCUGUUCUAAUAACAGGAGAACGUAUAUUGGCGAUACUGUAUCCGCUCAAGGCAUAUUUUAUUUUAACACGUCGGCGUACCAUCAUUGUACUAAGUUGUCUUUAUGUUCUCAACGGAUGUUUCUUCCUCUAUCGAGGUGCAUUAUGCAUGAAUUUUAAACAGUUAGUCACAAAAGACUUUAUUAUUGGUGUUAUUGUCCACACUGAUAUGUACUAUUCUCAUGUUCGAAGCGGCACUUUUGGGAUCAUAAAUAGCACAAUUAAUUAUAUGACUGGAGUAAUACCCAUUUGCCUGGUAACGAUUGGCUGUGGUGUUAUAGGUAUCCAAGUCAUCAUAAUCACAAAAAGACGUAAGCAACUGACUUCGAGUAAAACAAGUACAGAGAGAAACAACCCCAUGUCAAAGACAACUAGAACUUUACUCAGUAUUUGUGUUUUGUACAUUGUAUGCAGUGGGUUUGGGUUCAUUAUUACAUAUAUUGCAGAUAUCCCACCGAUAGACCACGACGUAGCGUUGAGGAAAAUAUUAUAUUCUGUUCAGGAUGUGUUAUUUUGUCUGAACUGCUUUGGAGAUUUUGUGAUAUAUGUCCGUUCCAGCAAGCUCACAAAAGGGAAUAAAAACGCUAAAAGCUAUAAAGAUUUAACAUAA